CAUGGCUCGGAUAUCGUUGUGCAUAAUUUUACUUCUAAUGAUCGCAUGUGAUCUUGCCUUCUCGUUUAAAUUGGAUGAAGAUCAAAAUGAGUUAAAAUGGCCGACAGAGUACAGUAUUCGUGGAGAAUUAACAGAUCUGUUUACUGGUAUCAUAAAACCGUUUGAAUUUUGGUACAGCGCCGAAUUGAAUCGAUCUCGUAUUGACUAUUACGGAGGGAUAGUGAAGAAAUAUUAUUUUAGCGAGAACGACGAGCUUUAUGGCCAAGAAUAUACGAUAUACCCGAAGACAACAGAUCAAAUGACCAAUGAAAUUGUAUGCGACGAAGAAAGCUGGGAAGGAGAACACUUUAAUCAAUUAAAUUUCGCUAAAAAUUUCACUUAUUAUGGAAAAACAACGUACAACGAUAAAGAUGUGGAAAUUUGGAAGUACUUAGAAACCGAUGUUGAAUCUAAAGAAGAAAAAACGCUAUACGCGUAUAAAAUAAAGGAUGGUGUCUAUGUGCCAGUUUUACAAGAAGAAUUGAUACACAAUCUUUGGAGCGGUGCUUUGGAUGGCCACACCAUAAUUCAGUACUUCAACUUCAGUCCACUGGACGUCGAAGAAUUGAAUCUGACUGCCGUCGAAGCCUGUAAAGAUAUUAUCAAUGGAGGGCAGUCUAGGAAUCAAUUCAAAGAUCUACAUGACCUUUCAAUAGACGUCGACGAUGCUUUCCUUAGUUUCAAAAUGCAACACAAAAGGAAUUAUAAGGUUGACGAACAUGAAAUGAGAAAACAGAUAUUUAAAGAGAAUUUAAGGCGCGUCAUAGAACAUAACCAGAAAAAUCUUGAUUACAAAUUAACAAUCAACAAAUUCUCUGACCUGACUGAUGAUGAACUGGGCUACCUUUCUGCAACAAGACCCUCUGAUUCCCGUGAAUUGGGGUCAAUGGCCUUUCCUCAUACCGAAGAAGAGGUGGACCUAAUGGCGCAGGAUUUGCCUGAGAGUUACGACAUGAGAAUCGAAGGCUUCGUCAGUUCUAUUAAAAAUCAAGGGUCGUGUGGUUCCUGCUGGGCAUUCGCAACGGCGGCUGCAGUGGAAGCAACGCUCGCCCGAAACAACGGGGCUCGUAACCUUGAUCUCAGCGAGCAAUCACUCGUUGACUGCGCUUGGGGGUACAAUAACUGGGGAUGUAAAGGAGGGACGUUGGACGGAGUCUUCAAAUACGUCUUGAAACACGGUAUUCCAACCGAGGAGGACUAUGGAUUGUAUUUGGAUGAGAAUGGCUUCUGUGCGCUCGAUAACAUGACCGAUUUAUACCAUAUCCGAGGUUUCGCUCAAGUGUCCGUGCUCAGCGUCAACGCAAUGAAAGUUGCGCUUUAUAAAUACGGCCCAGUGACCGUUGCCAUCAACGCGUCACCAAUCAUGCAAUAUAAGAGUGGAAUAUUUAAUGAUCCUGAUUGCAACAAAAGCCAUUACAACCACGCCGUGACAGUGGUAGGUUAUGGUGUUCGAGAUGGUGCCACAUAUUGGGUCGUGAAGAACUCCUGGGGAGACGACUGGGGGCAAGACGGAUACAUCCUCUUUUCAGCUGCCAACAAUAACUGUCAUAUAUUAGAAGAAGCUUACUAUCCGAUUGUAUAAACUGUUUAAUGGAGAAAUCUAGAAAAAAAUCUCAUAAAAAAAAAACUCCUUUAUAACGAACGAACCAAACUGAAAUAAUCAUUUAUCGAUAAAGAUAUUUUAUUGUAAUAUCCAAUCAAAUUCUAGAUUAAUUUUAAGACAUUUAGAA